AUGUCUCUCAGGGAAGAUUCCCACCACGGCUGCCGCGGAAAUUCGGACACCUCUUCACUCUGCUCUAAACAACGCUCUAACAACUAUGGUCUGCGGAUUCUCGAUUUCUCGGAACCUGUUCUCCACGAGAUCAUCGAAAUCCAGAAGCAAGUCACGCACAUUGCGGCGAACCCGGGGCUACCCGACUUUCUUCCUCCUCUCAGAAACCUGCCUGAGAUGCUCUCGCCCUGGAAAAGAGCUGCAGAUAAACUCUUUGCUACGCAGGUCGACUUGUACGGGAGGUUGUAUGAGCAUGGCAACUCAUCGCCGUGCUGGAACGCAACAGAGAAAGCUAUCACUACCGCCAAGAAGGUCGUGCCUGGCGACAUUCAUCCAGCUGACUUUGACCUCGACCUCGCCUUCACGCUGGCCACAUCGAUCCAAGGCGGCAGGGAAACCUCGCCGCGCCAGAUCCUAUGGCUAUUCGUAGCGGCCUUGCAGAACCCAGGAUUUGUACGCCGCGCACAUGCCGUUCUGGACGACGUCGUCGGCUGUGACCUUCUGCCGCGGUUCCCCGACAGGUCGAAGAUUGCUUUCAUCGACGCUGUCAUUCACGAGUUGUUUCGAUGGCGACGCGUCUCACCGGGGAGCAUUCUGCGUCGCGCUGACAAGAAGGAAGAGUUUGCAGGCGUCAAGAUUGCCAAGAAUGCGACGAUCAUGGCCAACGCGUGGGGUAUCGGGCGUGACAAGGCAGUCUUUGACCCCGGUCUCGGCGACUUGCAGGCGUUCAUCCCGGAGAGAUGGCUUGAUGGACAAGGCAAGGGCGGCAGGCGGGUGGCCGUACACGGCGCGUUUAUGCAGGUCGCAAACCUGCUGUGGGAGUUUGACAUCGAGGCCAGCGAGUAG